UAUAUAUAUAUAUAUAUAUGCACGUAUACACAAGGAAGGCAUGUUUUUGGACAUAUAGGAUAAAUUGAACACUCACACUACGAUACACCUAUUACAUUAUUAUUCUUUUCUUUAUUAUCGAUUCAUCAACGUUAGAUAAAGUUAUUGAAUUUAGUUGGAAACAUUUAAAGAUAAAAAUUAAACCAGUGUAAUUGUUACACCCCCUUAUUUAUGAUUUUGCAUUAUGAAUACUCGCCCUGCCAAUGAUACAAAGGAGCAAAGCAUCACAUUUGAUGAUGAUAAUCAGUUAGAUACUUCAGAUCUGUCCAGUUCUCCAACACGCCGUUGGAGAAACUGCACGUUACAAAGACGUGGAUCUCGUGCGUCUACGUUGUCAGAAGAUUUUGGAGAACGGUAUCGCUCUCGUUCUCGAGGAUCAUUAGUCGGACAGCUUAAUCCUGAUAUGAGCGAAAAUCAGUGGCAUAAUAAAGUAGAACAAACGACAAACAGAAGCAAUAGCAGCUACGACUUAAACGACAGAAGCCGGGAAGAUGAGUCUGACAACAUGACUUCACUUCAUGAUCAAACGAUUCCGAAUCCAAUUGCUGAAGCUUGGAGGAAAUACUUCCGUAAAGAAAUUCGCUAAUGCUGGGUAAAAAGAAAAAAAAAUACAUGGAACGAAACAAGGGAAACUCUGCUGAUAUUUGCAUUACUCUUCAGUUGAUGAUAUUUAUGAGAUAUUAUUUUACAAGGUAAA